GAAAAUCUGGCCAAAAGUGAUCCUCCAUGUCUUAAUGUCUUACCUCUUUAGGGAUACCUGAAUCAGGACAAUAGUAGCACGCGCCGAUGAGGGGGAAGCAAUAGACCGGCCGGCGGAAUGAGUGGAGGGACAAGAGGGUAGGUAGUAGGAGGCGAAAGUUGGAGUAUCAGCGAUGGAGCCGCUCUGACCAAGUGCAGACAGGCGCGACAGCAACCUCAGGUAAUGAAAACAAAGCACAAGGAACACACACACAACUGCAAACGAGGGGCGAUGAAGGGCGAUCUAUAUCGAUCGCAUUUCCGGCCUGCCUUCUCCACGAUCCCACAAGCGGAACCUCCCCCCCAAGGACCGGAUCCAUGGGUGCUGCAGCGUCCAGGGUGGCAAUCGCCCCGUCCGUUGCCCCGGCGACAUCAGCCAGCCGCAAGGAAACCGGUCCUUUAUUACAUCGUCAAGGUUGUAGUGGAUAUUCUUCAAUUUUAUUACGUAGGUAGGCUGCCGUUUGAUGGCAUAAAUUGUUGGAAAUGUGAAAAAAAUAUUAGAUGAUACCUAGGAGUCUUCAAGUCUGCUGUGGCCGUCGUAUUCGCCGUCAUAGCAAAACAAAACCCUCCGCCGGGUCGGUGA